AUGAGUGAAUCGAAUAAAUGUGAUUUACCUUGCUUAAGGUGCAAAAAUGCGGUAACCACUGGCAUCAGAUGUAUUCAGUGUGGUAGAUUAUCUCACAAAAGCUGUUUGGAAAUACUAAAAAUUACGCUUUUAAGUAAAGAAACUGUAAAUUGCUGUAAUCAAAGUGCCACCUCUAAGAAUAAUAAUAUUAAAAAGACUGAAAUACCUACAUCAUUUCAACAGAUAGACAGUAAUGAAUCCAUGAAAGUGUCCUAUUUAGAGAGAAUUAUCAGAGACAAAGAAUCGAUUAUAGAAAAUUUGCAUAUAACAAUAGAGGCAUUAAAGGAGCAAUUAGAUUUAAUGAAAGCAUUAAAAUCAUCUACAGAAAGUAUUCAAUCUCAAAUACAGAAUGAGAGAAGUAAGCCAUCGAGUAUUCCAUGCCUGUCUGAACCUCAACAAUCGUCACUGAAGAGAACGCACAAUCUUACAGAACAGAAUUUUAUAUUACAAAAAGCUGAUGCAAUAGAAGUUAAAUCUAGUAAUCCUAUCACUAAAGCUGCACUGGCAACUGCUUUGUACAAUGAGGAGUCAAGAAAUACUCUCACAUCAGUAAUCAAUCUUGAAAAAGAUGUUAGACCUAAGGCUUUACUGGUAGGGUCCUUAGAAAACACUAGUGAUGGUACCCUAAGAGCUUCCGAAUUUGUAAAAACAUCCGAGUUCCACUACCAUGCAACAAAUUUUGCUCCUGAUGUGUCUUCUGAAAAUCUACAAAAACAUCUUCAAAAAUUUGCUCCAAAUGUAAAAGUUCAAAAGCUGAACUCACGAAAUCCCGACCAAUACUCCUCAUUUAAGAUAUCUCUUCCACCUCUUGAAUCUGGGGAUAUAAUGGAUAGUAAAAUCUGGCCAUACAAAGUUUUUUUAAAUCGUUUUUUUCCAUCUAGGAAACUUAAACCACAAACAGAUUAG